AAAAGUCUCUCUCCUGGUUCUCUUGCCAUUUUUCAUCACUACGUGGGUACUAAGCCUUCUCCGUUUGAUUCCCAAGAAAAAAUUUACUCCGUCAACAAAUGGCGUUUCGAGGGAAAACUGACGACCAGAACGAGAAAAUCAUCCGCUUUCUCUUUAAGCUUCCGGCCAAUCGCCGCUGCAUUAAUUGCGAUAGCAUCGGACCUCAAUACGUGGUUACUGAUUUCUGGACCUUUGUUUGCUCAACGUGCGCCGGAGUACAUCGUGAGUUUUCGCAUCGAGUGAAAUCAGUGUCAUUGGCCACCUUUACGUCGGAAGAAGUUAUUGCUCUUCAGAAAGGAGGAAAUGAGCCUGCUAAGGAUGUUUUCUUCAAAGAUUGGAAGCCAGGACGUCAUUCAAUUCCCGACAACAGUAAUGUGGAAAGACUGAGGGGCUUUAUUAAACAAGUUUACGUGAACAGAAAAUAUACUGGUGAGAAAAGUGGGGAUAGGCCUUCAAAUGCAAAGAUGGUUGACACUGGCUAUUUUAACACACCAGAAAUGGAUACCUUUGAAAGCCACUACAUUGAGAGAUCUAGGUCUAUUGAGAGAAACCAGGAAAUAAUUUCAGUGUCUGAUUAUGGUGAAAGAAGAAUUACUAGAUAUGGUCAGGAAAGUAAAAGGCGUGAUAAUUACAAGAAAUUAUCUGCCCAUUUUGAGGUAGUGGAUGACAGAUUUUGUGAUCAUAGAUCUGAAAGUAGGAAGUUGGAGGACAAUUGCUUUCCUGAGAUGGUUGCAAAGCAAGAUGUAAGGCCUGCAAACCAUAAAAGGGAAUGGGAUUCAUCCAGGCCCCGUGUAACACGUUCUCUUCUUGAGAUGCUGAAUAAAAUCCCUACUCUAAGAGUAACCAAACCUCCUAAAGGAGUUGGUGAUAUGGCUUCAGACAGUUCCACUCAGAUACAGACUUUUAGAGCUAUUACUCGUAUCAUGCUUCCAGCAGAUGUUAACACACCUACAUUAUCUGGCAAUGAUGUUGUUUCUACUUCUGCAACAUCAAGCAAUCUAUCAACCUCAACCCUUAGUGGCAGAUCUUCUGCUCCAGAGGCUGAUCCAUCAGGUGCACCGUCACCAUCACAUAGGGCUGACAAUUUCCUCAGCAAGGUUAAUCAUUUGGAACCAGGGCAAGCCGUUCAGCAGCCUAAACAUUCCACAACCACUGAUACAACUACUCGGUCCACUGCCCAAGUAGUUUCAGGUAGUCCAAUUGCACGUUCAUCUCAGACUGUUUCUACACAGAUUGAUAAGACCAGUUCCGCAGCUGAAUUGCAAUCUCCUCUCCCAGGAAAAAGGUCUAGCACAAGAGAACUUCCAGAGUACCUCUUUACAGCCCCUUAUUCACCAGUUCCUGCACCAUUCCCGGGGUGGCAACCAAGUCAAGCCCAUGUCAUGGGUUCUAGCUUACAAUACCCUUCUUCGAUGCAGGUGCAAGCUUUUAGCCAACCAGUGACAUCAAGAAACCCAUUUGAUCUUAACAGUCAAAUACACAUGGUUCAAUCCCCAGGGAUUUUUUCUAUGGCUUCUUUGCAAGGAGCACCAGCGAAUGCAAUGUCACCCAGUGGUUUGUUGCAGCCUUCCAUUUCCCCGCAAGGGGUGCUGCCACAAUCAUUACCUUACGUUGCAGUGCCUUCCCAUCCCAUAUACAAGUCGGAAAUGUCUCCUAGUGCUUGUACAGGUCAACAAUUACCCAAUCAGUUGCCACAUGCCAGAUAUCCAGGAGUUGGGGCAUUUGACAAUAACGGAAUUGUUUUCAGCACCUUAGAUGCCAGUCAGCAGCUGAAUGGUGGUGGAUUCUCUGCUCCUACUACAUUUCAAAGGCCUUUUCCUUCCGUUGGAGGAAAUCCCUUUGCAUAAACUUGUGAAAUAAUCCCAGUGCUCUUACGAUCUUCUGCCCUGAUUAGAGUGAAGGAAAAAACUAACCAAAGAAUGCAAGAUGUAUCAUGUGUAUAUAUCAUCAACUAACCAAGGAACAUGAGACAUAUGUAUCUAUGCCUAAGAGAGAACAAAAAGUCGGUUUAUGAAAAAGCAAUGUACAGUUAGAAGGAUAUGAGCAAAUGAGGCAAUAUUUAGUUUACCACUGAUGUCAAGUUGUAGGCUUCCCUCUUCCUCAGAAAUUUAUGUUGAUGAUUGUAAAUAUAAAUUGAAACCUAUU